GCCAUCCUGUGUGCCAGCAGGGGUAUGGUGAGAGUGAUUCAGGCCCCCAAAGAAACCCACACCCUGAGAGUAGGAUGGGCUGUGCAAGCCUGACAGACUGGAGCCAGCCCAUCUUGCCAUGAUGAUGUUGUCAGAUUGCUGUGGCAGCCUGUCCACUCUCCACAGAAUAGUCCUGUCUGCUCCUUCUCCUUGGCCCUCAGCCUCCCCCACUGUAGACCCCAGCAGAGCAGUGGAUGCUCUGCUUUCUGCUGCAGGGAGGCAGCUAUCCCCAGGACUGGAGCCAGCCAUGCCUAAGUACUCAAGGCUUGGCAUGCUUUUCCUGCUGUAGUGCUGAAUCGUGGGGUGGCACCCCAUGGCUCCUGCUGUAUGUGGUGUUUGUGACAUACCAGCAGUACCAGGGUUACUGAUUGCUGAAUACGUCAGCUCCAUGAAGUAAUAAGGAACUGGUGGCUUGUUGUCUGUUUAUUCAGUGGAAAUGGGAGGGGAUGAUAAUGCCCAUUGCAACACGUGUUCUAGUGAGAUGCUCAGGAGCUAUUUCUGGAACUGUCAGAGGGGCAACUUAAUUGCCACCUUAAGCUUUGUUCACCUGUCCUCCCACAGAGUUGGGACCCACAGGUCAACCCUGCCUCUCCAAUGGCAGGAAAAGUGAGCUAGCUCUAGAUUACCCACUGCCAGUCCUGCCAGAUUCCAUAACUGUCUAAUUGUCUCCCCUUUCCUUGCCCGGUACAAAAUCUGGGUAGCAGAUUUUGGUAGAGGGGAGGGCUAAAUGAGAAAGAUACCACUGUAUGUAAAGGUCUUUGACACAUCAGCUGAAUGUCUAUGCUAAACCUUCAUCUUUCAAAGAAACCAAUCCCAGAACAAAAAGAGAAGGAAGCUGAGGCUAUGGGUGAAUGGUACACAGCUUCGGAGAUUUCAUGCCAUUAGACCUUCAAAUAGAGCCAGAUCACCCGAGCUGCUUAAGAAAAAACAUUGACAAGUAAUAAGCAGGGUGGUGUGUGAAGAUCUGUUGGACCAGGAGGCCUUUAUAGCAUGUUGGUGCAUUGUUAUGCCAUCUUGAACCUACUACAAUUUUCAAGUACCAGCUGCUUCCUUCAACUCUUCUCCGUGUACCUUAGGUUCUGUGGCUUUAAUACCUAUUACUAAUAAACAGAUCCUGGUUUUAGAGAAAGCUGAUCCUUUGAGAUCACUCUUCUUUCAGGAACCCCUUUACUUGUGGAGUCCCCUUAGAGAUGUCUGUUAACAUGCAAAUAUUCUGCAAUAAUUAACACAAUCCUGUUUCUUUUGACCCAGCAGCAUUUGACUGGGAAGACUGAGAGAGCCAGAGACAUAGGCAUAUAUAUACCUCAUAAAUAUCAGGAUAUUUAGAUUUCUCAAGGCCACAUCCUCCAUUGUCAUCUUUUGUAAACAUAUCACUGCCUUUUGACCACACCUAGGUUUUCCCUGAUGCAAUAGCAAACUAGCACUAAACCGCAAAUGUGCUGGUAUCAUUUUUCAGGUAUUAUACUCACAGAUGCUUUGCGUCAUAGUGUGGGCGUAGGUUAGUGACAGUCAUACAAACUAGCCUAAGUUGGAGUUUGGAGGUACUCUGUGCCAAAGAAAAUCCCUUCAGCGUGGAGAGCAAGGAAGAAGUCAAGACAUCUCUUCCACAAGAGGAUCUGAAGCUGCUCUUCUCAGACAAGAUCUGAAGAGCUUUAGUAGACCUGCCCCAGUGCCCUUAUAACUGACUGUGGGAAAAUAAGGGAAGAUUGGCAAGGAGGAUCGUAAAUACACUCAAUUGUCUUGCAGGUGAAGUGUAGAAAAACAUAUAUAUUAUACUAAUUGUUGUUUAGUCUUGUAUGUUUGAUUAGUGGUACAUUUGUCUUCAGAUAACAUAGGCCUGUGCUAUACAUAGAGCCACCCCACUGAACAUGCUUGACAUUUCUGCUUUGCUGCAGUAAAGAUCAAAUCUCAGUUGUAAACUAUGCCUGUAAUAAUCCCUGAUAUACAUGUGAAAACAGCAGCUUUGGUGAUCCUUGAGCAUCGACCAGACUCCACAGUGCUGGCAUCCCUGUUUGUGUGCCUCUGCCUGGGUCCUGCUUUGAGGAUCCCCUGGUUGGUGAGGUAAUGGUACUUAUUUUUUUACCUUUUUUUCUUUUUACUUUUUUUUUUUUUACUUUACUUGGUGUUUAAUCUGUGUUUUUGUGUUUGUUCCUGCAUCCUGCCUGUGCUGGCUCACACACCGAUCGACAGCCAUCCUCCCUGUCUUAGCUGAGGAGCAACAGUGGUAUAACCUGGCACAGGCUUGCAUCGUGCAUCUGCUCUUUUCUGUGCUGUCUGGGCCGGCCAUGAUUUUAGGACCAUUUUUAGGAUUUGGGUGAUUUACCUCAGUUAUGGAGACUUAGGCAAGGAGGCAACCUCAUGCCUAGUGCUCUCUUUGGGAAAGGAAGGAACUUGUCAACUUGAAGUGCCAUCAGCAUCCAAAGGGCCUGGUAGUAGGUUCACCCCCGACAGGGAAACCAGCACUGCAGGCAAGCUGGGACAAAUUGCACCUGCCAGCAGUGAGUCCAUCAGUUCCCCCAGGUGCUUUAGGAACCUCAGUGUAGCCUGGCUUCCAGCUCUGACCUUGCCUACUCCAUCUUCCAGUAACCCUGACUGCCUUCAGCAGGUCUGUAGACCAGAGGGGUCCCUGAGGGUCUUCCUUCCUUGGGACUAUGGCCUUUGGCUGCAAGAGCCUGUCUACACUAGCCUGCUCUCUACCAUCACGUAGCCAUGCUGUACACCUGCAGUGGGAAGAUGUGGUUUUCACUGAUUUGGACCCAGGAUGGUUGCAAGGAAGCAGUCUGGCGGAUGAUGGUGGAGGCCCUGGUGAACCAUAGCCCAGCCUUUCCGGGAGCUCAGGUCCCUUGCAAUCAUGGUGAAGUCUAGAAGAGUGCAGGUGCUCCUGAUUCUGGUAGUUCUGUCCUUCCUUCUGAUCCACUUCCUACCCUGCAACUACCAUGCCCACAUGGAAGAAAAACCUUCUCCUGUCCACAUCCUCAUUCUCUCCUCCUGGCGGUCAGGAUCCUCCUUCACUGGACAAAUCUUCAGCCAGCACCCCAGUGUCUUCUACCUCAUGGAGCCUGCAUGGCAUGUGUGGGUUACAAUGUACCAGAACAGUGCCAAUGUCUUACACAUGGCAGUGCGGGAUUUAGUCAGGUCGGUCUUUCUGUGUGACAUGUCUGUGUUUGAUGCUUACAUGUCUAGCCAGAAGAAAAAGUCUGAUUUAUUUCAGUGGGAGACAAGCAGAGCCUUGUGCUCCCCACCUGCCUGUGACUCAUUCAGUCGCAGUGACAUAAUCACUGCAGGCAACUGCAAAACAAUCUGUGGCAAGUACCCAUUCAGCAAGGUGGAGGAAGCUUGUAAAACCUAUAGCCAUGUUGCCAUCAAGGAAGUUCGGUUCUUUGACCUGAAAGUUCUCUAUCCGCUUCUCACUGAUCCAUCCCUGAACCUCAAAAUCAUUCACUUGGUACGUGAUCCUCGGGCUGUGUUCAGGUCCCGAGAGAAUACAAUGGCAGACCUGAAACGUGACAGUAACAUUGUUGUGGGGUCUCAGAAGACAAAGGGAGAAAUGGGACCCUACAACACAAUGCAAGUAAUCUGCAAAAGCCAUGUUGAGAUAUACAAGGCAGGAAGACAGGCUGCUCCAAGCUUCCUGAAAGACCGGUAUCUGCUGGUUCGCUAUGAAGACAUUGUCAGAGACCCGCUAGCAAGGGCUGCUCAGAUGUACAGGUUUGCAGAACUCUAUUUCACACCAGAGCUUCAGAAGUGGGUGCACAACAUCACCCAUGGGAAGGGUCACGGAGCACAGGCCUUUGAUAUUGGGUCAAGAGAUGCACUGAGAGUAUCCCAGGCCUGGAGAAAGACACUUCCUUUCCAGAAAAUAGAAAAAGUGCAAAAUGUGUGCAAAGAUGCAAUGGAUUUGCUGGGCUACCGCCUUGUUCAAUCUGAAGAAGAGCAGAAAAAUAUGUCUCUGGAUCUUUUGUUUGCCCAGAACUCCUCUGAGUAUCAAAUUCUGAAGGCAGAAAAGCUGGUCUCUAUACCUACUCUCUGAAGGCUGCAGAGUGCUGAACUGUUCACUAGAGCAAAAGAGGAUAGAGGUGCAGGCAUAGAAGUGUAGGAAUGUGUGCAUGGAUGUGCAUGGAUUCAAGGACAAGUGGUACAAGAACCCUGACUACAUUCAGGAGAGCUCUCAGCAGCACAGGGUCACUCUCUAAGACCCCUGGAGAUUCAACCACAAUGUAGGCCAAAGUAAUGCAAGUUUGUUUUCCAAAUUAAUUAUGUUUAGGUUGGAGCAUACAGAAUGUCAAACGAGUAGGACCAGAUAGCAGAAGCUCAAACCCCCUCCACAGACCACAGCUGAAGACUAGGGAAACCACAUGGAGCAACUGUGCUGCAAAGGAAGAGGAAAUAUAAAAGGAAGCUGAAUAAAGAAACCUAUACUUGACAUGCUGCCACGCAGGAUAUGUAGUGCCAGAAAAGACGUGAAGACAACCAGACAUUUGGUUUCUGGAAGGAUGUUGGGAAUUGGGUUGUUUUUUUUGAAUGGUUGAGUUUUCAAGACCAGUUUUCCUUUUGCUCCAUUUGUGUGCCUGAGUAUCCACCCUUGGUGGCAAAAGUAGGGAAAUGUUUGUGUUCACGUAGUGUAUAAUGGGAAAAUGGAAUAAACCAGCUAUUGCUGAAAAUAGUAACUCCUGAGUUUUCACAUGGGAAACCAUUUCUGGGAUUAUGUGAAUCCAUUUAUUUUUUAGCUGAAAUUAUUCUGUCUUUUAGCUUUCAAACCCAAGAACAGUUGUUUUCCUGGGAAUUCCCACAGUCCACACGGGUGACAGAAGAAUUUGUGCUAAGGUUGAGAUCCUAAAGACAAGGUACAGAUACAGAUUUCAUUGGCAUAAGUACCGAAACUGAGAAGAUAGGUUAGCAGGAGCGGAUUGAAGAAACCAAGAGAAGAUCAGGAAGUUGUCCCAUUGAAAUAUUUGGUGAGAGUAUUUCUUGUCUUGGAGCACAAAAGAAUGUUUAAUGGACUAUGCUAUUCUCCACUGCCUCCAUUGGAAACGCUGUUCUCCCACCUCCAAUGAAAUAUAUCUGGUUCAAACAUGAACAGAAUUGUUUUCACCUGGUUUUAAGUGUUCUAGAAGACAAGGAGAAAAACUUGUUACCAGAUCUGGGGAGGAGUGAAGUGCCUGCAGAUACCUAUUACUGAACAUCCUCUCUCAUGUGUAAAUUGCAGUCUAACACAUGUCUACAGAACACAAGCUACCUUAGCAAUAUGGGUAUCUGUAUUUCUAGAGCUAAACCCCUAAUUCCUGAAAAGGGCAGGAUACCGUAUUAUGGAAAUAAUAGUGUUAUUACUAGGGAUCUUGUUGAAGGACAAAAUCCACGCUGAGCAGGCAGCACUGGAAUCAUGGUAGUAAGUUCUCUGAAAGCAAGGUAGCUUUCAGCAUUUACACUGUGUUUAUGCAAAUUUAGGGCAGGCAAGCUGACAUAGAGAAGUGGGAGUUAUACUGCACCAGAGAAGCACAGACUCACUGUUUUUCUUUAUAGUCUUUAAAACAGACCUUUACAUAUUCAGCUAAAAGCAGAUAAAAGCUCAUUCUCACUGAAGUCAUAGUAGAGAGCUUCCUACUUUAAGUGCCAAGAAGCCAGAUUCUGAGCAAAAAUAGAUUCUUUCCAGUACACUGCUAAUUAUCCCUACAUUAACCAAUGUCAGCUUGAGCAGCUUAAGUUUAUUAUGAAUACUUGUUUCCAGUGGACACAAUCGUGUGUCUCAAGUGUUUACCUGAAUAAAAACCUUCAGUGUUUCCAGUCAGUAAAAAAAUUACAUGAAAGUAACUUAUGAUG